GGAGUGACAUUUACAGUGUAAACAAAAUCCUUCAAUAUUUGAAGAUAUGUCCAGGAAGGGAAUUGUUGUUCAAGAGGAAUGAAAAAUUAAAAUUUGAGGUGUAUACUGAUGCAAAUUAUGUAAGGCCUAUUAGAAAUAGGAGAUUCAUCUCAAGAUAUUGUGUUCUUGGAUAGAAAUUUAAUGACUUGGAAAAGUAAAAGCUAAAAUGUUGUUGCUAGGUCUAGUGCAAAGACUGACUUCAAGCUGACAUAUAUGAUGUGUGAAUUGUUAUGGUUCAAAAAUAUUAUAUGAAAGUGGCAUGUGGAAAGCCCAUAACUCUUUAUUAUCAUAGUAAGUAAAGCGAUUUCCAUUUCUCAUAAUUUAGACCAAUAUGAUAGGACCAAGCACAUGAAAAUAAACAGAUACGUUAUUGAAGAAAAAUUUGAUAGUGACUUUAUCACCACCUGUUAUGUCCCAUUUGGGCUUCUUAUGAAUGAGGAGAAAAUAUCUUGUUAAGUUACUAAAGGAUAUUGUAAUCAUUACAUGUGAACUAUAGUACGAUAAUGGAUAUCUCUUCUUUGUUGUUACUUUUACGAUAGAGUUGUCUAUAUAUAAUGCUUAUGUACUGAUUCUUUUAUUCAAUAAAAUCUUUUAUCUCGUACAAUUGAAUUCUUUUUAAGUGUUAUUAUGUGAUUGAUAUUUUAGAUAUGCAAUAUAUUAAGCUUUUCAGAUAGUUAGUUCAUGACAUGGUACGAAAGUCUCUACGACUUACUGGGUCUGGAGUUGAAUCCUUUCUAUUCUUAUCCUUCUUAUUAAAGGUUGAAUUGAAUUUCUGCCUAAGGUAGGUCAUAGGAGGAGUCGGGCAUUAUCCACACUUAAAGGCCAAACAACUCUUGCACGGGGGAAUGUGAAAUAUAUAAAGUACAAUAGGUGAAUACUAUAAUUGAUCCAUAAAAUGUAGGCGAAUUUCAAAAAUUCGUGACUCAAACGAUAAUUUGACAAAUUUUCAAGGACUAAAGUAAAAUUUAGGACCUAAAUAAAGUGACACAACAACAUAGGGACGUUUUUUAAUUUCUUGUUUUACUUCCAAAGACUAAUGGGACAACUUUGGAUGACCAAUUUGGAUAUUCACUCAAAACAAAAUCAUUCAUGUAUCUUCACAUAAGAACAUUGCUUUUAAAUAAUUGGUCCAUGAUAGUAGUGAUGGUAACUGUGAAAUCUGUUAUGUAAAGGUAUCAAGUUUUUCUAGUGAUAAUUUAAAGUGGUCUAAUUUAUGCCUUUAUUUAAACAGGUAUGUAUCUCUUGUGAGUUGUGGGAAUAUUAUUGCAUCAUUACUUUCCUUUUUUAUGAAAUUUGAUUAAUUUAAAGUUGAAAAAAUUCCAGGCAAUCGGUCACUUGAUUUCCUGCUCAAUUUACAGGUUAAUCAAAUGCAACAGGAGCAUGACAAGAAGCAACUAAGCCUCAUAGCUGAGCACAAUGAACAACUAAAGCGUACCCAACUGCUAGCUGAAAAUGAACUGCGAGAGAAAACAAUCUUUAUGAGGAAUGAUCAUGAAGCUCAGAUUAAAGCAUUGAGAUGUGAACUUGAAGAUGAAUGUCGGAAGCUAGAAGAGGAGUUGCAUCUUCAAAAAUCCAAAGAAGACAGACAAAGGGCUUUGUUGCAGUUGCAGUGGAAAGUGAUGAGUGACAAACCCAAAGAGGACCAAGAAGUGAAUUCAAAACAGGACUACUCCAUUUCAUCAAUUAAGAGAAGGAGUUCUUGUGGUGGCAAAAGAAAUCUACAGCGUGACUUAGACUCUCCUUACUUUGAAGCAACACAAACACCAGUGCCAAAGUUGUUGACAAAAGUGGACAACAUUAAAACAGGAAGUGCAGUGAGCAUACCUAAGCGUCAUAGAAAGCAGGUAACUCGCCAUGAAUAUGAAGUUGAGACUUCUAAUGGGAGAACAAUCACAAAGAAAAGGAAAACAAGAAGUACUGUUAUGUUUGAGGAUCCUAGAAAUCGAAAGAUAAAUACACCAAAAGUAAAUACUCCUGGAAGUGUUGUUAAGAGCAUCAAAGGAGGAGGGCAUACUAAUCCUUCAAAUAUAGGUGAUUUGUUUUCAGAAGGGUCUCUUAAUCCCUAUGCUGAUGAUCCCUAUGCAUUUGAUUAGAGUUGGGCAUGGACUGCUGUUUUCUUCAAUGCCAUUGUGACAUAAAAGUUAUGGAUGAAGAUACAAUUUUAUUGAGCCUGGAAAAUAGACAAGAUGGGUUGAAAUUUAGCCAUGCUAUCAUAGUUUCUUAGUAUUGUUGAAGUUGACAGAUAUGUAGACUUCCCGGUUAUUUCUGCUGGUUUGGAUCUACAGCUGCCGAUGAUAGAAUAAUAGAUAGCUGGUAAAAAAAGUCAUUUGACAAGAUUUAGUAUCUCAUGUAAUUUGUUUUGAAAGAAUCACAGUUGUUUGCGGGGUUGUUGUAUAUAGCAUCCGUCUCUAUUGGAAGCGCCUGUAGAGGGUUUUCUAAUUAGAAUUAGAAAUGAAAAACGACACUUCGCCAAUAUUUUCAUGAUAUGGAUCACGACUGUAAAUUGCACUGGCAUAGUUUGUAAAUAUUAUUCUUUUUUCUGUUAA